GUUGACGUAUGCGGAAGCGUCGCUCGGAGCGAAGGAUUGACUGAAUCGGUUCUAAAUGCCAGACUGAGCAACGUUCCGCGAGUCAUAAUAGAAGUUAUUGUUGUUGUUGUUUUUUUUUUUUUUUACGGUUUCGUCACGACGGGGUGACGGUUGAUGACGGGGCCAGGAGAGAGCGAGACAGAGCGAAGCACAAUGAACGACGUUAGGAAAGAGAGGAGGAGCGCAGCGACGGUGGACGGACUCCUUGGACCGGGUCCCGGUGUGGAGCCGCAGGACGACCUGGUGAGUUCGGUGACGCUGUACCGACGAAGGCCGCGGCUGCUGCAUGCCACUGUGCUCCCCUUCCUGGCUGUCCUCUACCCGGGCUGGCUCUACAUGUGGUUAGGAGUGUACGGAGCGGCGGACCAUCCUGAGGCGGGCCUGCUGGCGCUCGCGGCUAUCGGGAUCGCGCACGUCCUCACAGCGCUCUCCGGUUAUUGGUCCGUGCACGCGCACUGCUGGCUCACUUGUUCCAAGGAACCAGAUCCAAAUAAGGCUACACUUGCAAAGGUUGUACCCACCCCAAACAAUGGUUCUGCUGAGCUUGUGGAACUUCAGAGGGACCAGGAUGAGAAUGGCGAGGAGAUUCUGUCUUUUGAGUUUCAAAAGAUCCGUUACAUCUUUGAUCAAAUGGAGAAAUAUUUCUUCCCAGUUGCAUUUCCUAUCAGUCACCCAAUGAGCUUUUUUCAAUCUUGGCGUGGCUACCAGGAGGAGACUGAACUUAGAGCUGCAGAGAAGCGCUACGGCACCAAUAAGGCUGAGAUGGUGGUGCCAGAUUUCCUGGAGCUCUUCAGAGAGAGGGCUACAGCACCUUUCUUUGUUUUCCAGGUGUUUUGUGUGGGACUCUGGUGUCUGGACGAGUAUUGGUACUACAGUGUUUUUACACUGUUUAUGUUGGUGGCGUUUGAGGCCUCCCUGGUCCAGCAACAAAUGAGAAAUAUGUCUGAGAUCCGUCGCAUGGGAAACAAACCCUACAUGAUUCAGGUAUAUCGUAACAGAAAGUGGAGACCAAUUUCAAGUGAUGAGCUUGUCCCCGGUGACAUUGUAUCUAUAGGUCGUUCACCCCAGGACAACUUGGUACCUUGCGAUGUGCUGCUACUCAGGGGACGCUGCAUUGUUGAUGAGGCCAUGUUGACUGGAGAGUCUGUGCCCCAAAUGAAGGAACCAGUUGAAGACCUGGAUCCACAGCAAAUUCUGGACCUCCAGACAGACUCUCGACUCCACAUCAUCUGGGGGACCAAAGUAGUCCAGCAUAGCCCCCCUCUAAAGGCCAGUGCUGGACUCAAAUCUGUAGACAAUGGCUGUGUGGCCUAUGUGCUGAGAACAGGAUUCUACACAUCUCAGGGUAAAUUAUUGCGGACGAUUCUAUUUGGUGUGAAGAGAGUAACUGCAAACAACCUGGAGACUUUCAUCUUCAUCCUCUUCCUCCUUGUGUUUGCCAUCGCUGCAGCUGUCUAUGUGUGGGUAGAAGGGACCAGGGAUGUGAGCAGGAACCGAUACAAACUGUUUUUGGAGUGCACACUUAUCCUCACAUCAGUGGUUCCCCCAGAACUCCCUAUAGAGCUCUCUCUGGCCGUUAACACUUCUCUGAUCGCCUUAGCCAAACUUUAUGUAUUCUGUACAGAGCCCUUUAGGAUACCUUUUGCAGGGAAAGUGGAGAUUUGCUGUUUUGACAAAACUGGAACCCUAACCAGUGACAGUCUGGUAGUACGAGGAGUAGCAGGCCUCAGAGAGGGAAAGGAGGUGAUGCCAGUGUCUGAGAUCCCAGUGGAGACCCAUCGAGUGGUGGCCACCUGUCACUCAUUAGUCACUUUGGAUGAUGGGCAGCUGGUGGGAGAUCCACUGGAGAAGGCCAUGCUGACUGCAGCUGACUGGGCCCUAACUAAAGAUGAAAAAGUAUUUCCACGUGGCAUCAAAACCCAGGGACUUAAGAUCCAUCAGCGUUUCCAUUUUUCCAGCGCUCUAAAGAGGAUGUCGGUCCUGGCUUCUUACGAGAAACUGGGCUCCACUGAACUUUACUACAUCUCCACUGUUAAAGGAGCUCCAGAGACACUAAGGAGAAUGUUUGCAGUGUGUCCAGCAAGCUAUGACAAAGUUCACAGAGAAAUGUCACGGGAAGGUGCGCGAGUGCUGGCCUUGGGUUACAAAGAGAUGGGACACCUCAGUCAUCAGCAGGUUCGGGAAAUGAGUCGUGAUGCUCUGGAGCGUGACCUGAAUUUUGUUGGGUUCAUGGUUGUGUCCUGCCCCCUCAAAAGUGACAGCAAGGCCGUAAUCAGAGAGAUCCAGGAAGCAUCGCAUCAUGUGGUGAUGAUCACAGGUGACAACCCAUUAACAGCAUGUCAUGUAGCAAGAGAACUCCACUUCAUCCAGAAAGAACACACACUUAUACUGCAGCUAAACACCGGCCGAGGUGGGUGGGAGUGGGAGUCCAUUGAUGGCACUGUGCAUGUGCCACUGCCCCCUCCCUCACUUAGCACAUUUCUCAGUGAGUUUGACCUGUGCGUAACAGGCGAGGGGCUGGCCAAACUGAGCAGUGACCCCCGACUACUCCACACUUUGCUGCCACACAUACGAGUGUUUGCCCGUGUCAGUCCAAAACAAAAGGAGUUCGUGAUCACGAGUCUUAAAGGUCUGGGUUAUGUGACAUUGAUGUGUGGUGAUGGUACAAAUGAUGUUGGAGCUCUCAAACAUGCCCACAUAGGUGUUGCUCUGUUAGCUAAUGCUCCUGAGCGCAUGCCUGAAAAAAAGAAAAGGGGACGAGAGAAGGAUUUAUCCAUGCCAGAAUCCAGACCUAUCCCUCCUCUCAGUUCAGGAGGUAAACUGAGUUCCAGAGCAGCGAGGCAGAGGAUGAUGGCUCAGAGAGAAGAGCAGCUUGCAGCACAAAAGGAGAGGAUCAGUCAGGUCUUAAGGGAGCUUGAAGAAGAUCAGGUUCAAGUAGUGAAGCUGGGCGAUGCCUCGAUUGCUGCCCCCUUCACCUCCAAACUCUCCUCCAUACAGUGCAUCUGCCACGUAAUAAAACAAGGCCGGUGCACUCUGGUGACAACACUCCAAAUGUUCAAGAUUCUGGCUUUGAACGCAUUGGUGCUGGCCUACAGCCAGUCUGUGCUCUACCUCGAGGGGGUCAAGUUCAGCGAUUUCCAGGCCACCCUGCAAGGCCUACUGUUGGCUGGCUGCUUCCUGUUCAUCUCUCGGUCAAAGCCCACUAAAACUUUGUCUCGAGAGCGGCCUUUACCAAACAUCUUCAAUCUUUAUACAAUUCUGACUGUGCUGCUGCAGUUCACUGUUCACUUUUGCAGCCUGGUGUACCUUUACAGAGAGGCGCAGAGCAGAAGUCCUCCCAGACAGGAGCAGUUUGUGGAUCUGUAUAAAGAGUUUGAACCCAGUCUAAUUAACAGCACUGUGUAUAUAAUGUCCAUGGCCAUGCAGAUGGCCACCUUUGCCAUUAACUACAAGGGUCAUCCAUUCAUGGAGUCUCUCAGCGAGAAUCGUCCACUGCUGUGGAGUAUCGCUCUUUCAGGUUUAGCAAUUGUGGGACUUCUCACUGGUUCCUCGCCGGAAUUCAAUGAACAGUUUUCACUUGUAGAUAUUCCAGCUGAGUUCAAGUUAAUCAUCGCUCAGGUUCUUGUGGUGGACUUUGUCGCUGCUCUGCUGGUGGACCGUGUCCUGCAGUUCCUGCUGGGCAAAGGAACUCUCAGGCUGCCUUCAUGAACUCAGUGCCAACAGCAAUGUUGCCCUUAGCAUCAAAACUGUAAAGGGAAAGACUACUUUGGACAACGGGAGUUAAAGCUGUCGUUAAAUGCACAAGACGGCUAAGACAUUUGGGGUGCACAGUGGUGCCCGAAGCCUUUCCUUCAUCCAGCUCUGCCCCCUCCCCAACAUCUCCAUCUGCAGUACCUCAUUUUCUGUUUUAACUAGCUCUUUCUUUCUAUUUUCAUCAUGACUGCUUUUCCUUCCUGCAUUUCCCUUUGUUGCUUCAUCUGUCUUAUCCACUGUUACGCCAGGCCAUGAUGACAGCAGUAUUGACUGGAGCCGGGGGAGGUCUGUGUGCCAAUCUUUGUGAAAUAUACAGGCACACAAUGGAGGCGUUCUCCAAGAGAAUUGCAAUGUGUUUUUGGAUUUUUUCUCAUUAAUUUUGUAAAAACUUGAAGAAAUUUAAAAAAAAACAACAACACCUCUAACAGACUUAUAAAGACUUACAAAUACAA